AGACUACCCAACAGUGCCAAUGUCAUAUAAAUUAAGUGCUACUUUAACUGGACACGAACAGGACGUCAAGUCUAUAGCCAUUGUGAAUGAUUCACAAUUGGUUUCAGUCCUGAGAGAUUCAACCACGAGAUUUUGGACAAAUAUCGCCAGUUCCAAUAAUGAUUCCACUAUUGUAUUACAUUCUCCUACUACCAGUUUUAUAAAUUCUGUCAGUUAUAUUAGUGAUAGAGGGUUAGUUGCUAGUGGUGGACAAGAUGCCAUGAUUUAUUUGAAUGAAGUCGGUGGCGAAGAGAAGGAUUCGUAUCAGUUGAUUGGACACCAAGGAAAUGUCUGUGCUUUGCAUUAUGGUCAUGGUCAAUUGAUUUCGAGUUCUUGGGAUGCCACUGCAAAAGUAUGGAACUUGGAGGAUUUUUCCGUAAAGUUGGAUUUGAAAGGUCAUGGUUCCUCGGUUUGGGACUGUAAAGCUCUUUCUGAUAACAAAUAUUUGACUUGUUCUGCCGACAAGACUAUUCGAUUAUGGUCGGGAAAUCAUGAAAUUAAACAAUUCAAAGGUCAUACUGACGUCGUUAGAAAGUUACUUGUAUUACCCGGCGAAGAGCAGUUUUUGUCAUGUUCCAAUGAUUGUACCAUUAAAUUAUGGGAUAUUGCCACUGGACAAAACUUGCGCACUUUUGUUGGUCAUGAUUCGUUUAUUUAUGAUUUGGGAUUGUUACCUAAUGGAAACGUUGUGUCUACCGGUGAAGAUAGAACUGUACGUGUUUGGGAUUUUAAUGGUGGACCAAUUCAAGUAAUUACCUUGCCUUGUAUUUCCAUAUGGUGUGUUGAUGUGCUUUCCAAUGGUGAUUUUGCAGUUGGAAGUUCUGAUAACCAAAUUAGGAUAUUCACCAAUGAUAAAUCAAGAUAUGCACCAGUUGAUGAACUUGUUGAACUUCGUAAAGCAGUUGAGUCCUCGGCCAUUGCUGAACAAUCACUCGACAAUUUAAAGAAGACUGAUAUUCCUUCGUAUGAAGCUCUCGCUCAACCAGGUAAGAAUGAAGGAUCCGUGAUCAUGGUCAAGAAUGACGAAGGUGUUAUAGAAGCGCAUCAAUGGUCAGGAGGUCAAUGGAAUAAGAUUGGUGAUGUCGUGGGUUCCGCAGGUAAUAAGAAACAAUUGUAUAAUGGAGUUGAAUAUGAUUAUGUGUUUGAUGUUGAUAUUAAGGAGGGUGCUCCUCCGUUGAAAUUACCUUAUAAUGCUAAUGAAAACCCAUAUGUAGUUGCCGAAAAGUUCCUUGCUGAAAAUGAUUUGCCUGGUUCUUAUGCUGAAGAAGUUGUAAGAUUUAUUGAGCAAAACACCAAGGGAUUUAAAUUGGAAGAAGGAACAGAAAAGGAAGUUGCUGCUACAAAAGAGCCUGUUAUUGACCCUUAUUCCGAUGCAUAUAAUAGACAGGCCAAGUUAGAACAUGAGUUGAAGGUUAUACCUCAAAAUAGCGUUAUCUCAUACAAAGAUUAUAAAAAGGACCAAUUACUUAAUGGAUUGAACAAGUUAAAUGCAAAUCAAGAGCCGGCAGUUCAAUUCAGUAGUGAUCAAAUUUCCACAAUUACUGAAUGCUUAACCGAUUUAAACUCAGCUAAUGCUCUUAAAUUGAUUUGUCAAUUUGGACGUCAUAUUAUUAAAAAAUGGAACACUGGAUCUAAACUAAUUGGUUAUGAUUUAAUUAGAAUAAGCGUUACUCGAGUCACUACGGUUGACUUAAUAAAUUCAACCGAAGCAGCUGAAAUCUUGUUGGAUGCAGUAAUUUCUGGUAUUUCUGAUGCUUCAGCAGAGAUAAAGACCGGUACAACUGCUUUAUUGAUGAUGAUUUUAAAGGUUGUUAACAAUGUGAUUGGUACAGUUUUCUUUGUACAAUUGUACAUUGAUCCUGAAGGAGAAGUAUACCAAUAUAAUGAUUUGUUUAAACAGUUCCUCAAGAGCUUAGCGACAAUAAUCGGAGAGACUUCCCGCGAAGCUAAACUUUAUAAUACUACCAUGACAACAGUCGCUACAUUGAUUUACAAUUUCACAGUGAACCAUAUUAAGACUACUGGGUUAAAAAAGAAUCCAAAGUCAAGUUCAAUUAUAAUUGAGUUCUGGAAUAAGGUGGGUGCACAAGUUGCCGAAUCAAAUAGUGAGGCUGCCUAUAGGUUGUCUAUUGCCUAUGGGAACUUGAAAUAUGCAAAGGCAUAUAGUGAUAAUGUUCCACCUACUUGGUUGGCUGAAGUUGGUCAAUUAUAUGCUGUGGAAGCUGGAGAACAAAGAUUUAUUGAGUUAGCUCUGGAUUUAAAAAAGUUGUAGGAGGUAUACAUAGAUAUAAUAUACUAACUUUAUACAACAGACUACGUAGCAUAUUCCCGAUGAAGGUUGUAUAUUAUUAACUAGCUAUAACUUAAGAAGUAUAGAAUAAUUCGGGAACUUUAUGAGUAUAAUGGACUAACUUGUGCGCCAAAUCGAGGUUGAAAUUAUCAGUUAAUUCAGUUACUGAAAACACGCGAACUGAAGAGUCUCCCGUGGCUUUACCAAUAAUUUCAUAGUUCUUAUUGAUUGUUAUUGGCUCUCCUUCUGGAAGUUCUAAUUUAACAGGACCAUUGCUUAUGACUAUAGCAGUGUUGGAUGAUUGGUCAUAUGAUUCACAUUUACCAAACAAACUAACCACUUUGUUUUGAUUGCUAGCGAGUAAAGUGCUGUCGACUUUUAUGUUUUCCAUGGUGAGUAAAUUGUGAUAGAUAUCAGUGUCUGUUGCUGGAUGAUUGUAAAU